AUGGUUAAUCUCAGAUCGGGUUCAGCGCCUGAUUUGACGCAGGAGUACGUUCCUCCAAGAAGAAGGCGAGGUGAUCAACAAACUCCUGAGAACGAAACGCCAGAGCCCAGAGGACCCUUGCCAACGCCGGUGACGAACCGCAAGGCGACCCCUGGUGCCUUCGAACCAGACGACACGAUCGACAAAUCGAACGAGCAAAACGAAUCGAACGAAUCGAACGAAUCGAACGAAGAAUUUGAGGAUCCGAUUGAAGGCAUCAACGAGAUGUCAGGCAAUACGGGUGGCCAGAGCGCUGGCUCUGGCUCUGCGAGUGAGGAGACUCGUAUGAGAUUAGAAAUAGCUCGGCUUCAGCAUGAGGUCGAACGAAUGAAAGCAGGCAGGGGUGAAUCCUCUGUCAGUAAUGAAGAGCUCAGUGCAGAUUUGGCGAAUUAUUUUCAACGGAAAGGUAGGACGUCUGCAAUAGUAAAGAUCCUUGGUGAAUUCAGGGAUCAGGUAAGGCCUAUCAAGAAGCCUAUUGUACUCACUGGCUCCGCGAAUUACUCAAUGUGGAAAGAAGAGAUCCUCCUCGCAGCGAGGCAAUCUGAAACGGAUGACAUUCUUAAUGACAAGCAAAUUAGUCCUGACGAGGAUGCCAGCAAGGAUAUGCAACGUUUUUGGUCAGAACGGAAUAUCUGGCUAUACAACUACAUGUGGUCUGCGAUCGCCCCGCAGGCCAAAUCUAACUUUAUUAUACCCAAGGAGUUCCAACUAUCUGCUUAUUCUCUAUGGUCUGUCAUAGAAGAUAAUUUCACUGAGAGGCCUGCUGUUCGCAGGACUCGCCUGUUCCAAGAAUUGAUUGAGAUGACGUCGAAAUCAAAGGGUUCUGAUCGCGCGUUUAUCGAACGUUUGAUCGCAAUUAGGACUGAUUAUAUCCGCUUAGGAUAUAAUGUUGAAGAUUGCAUGUUUUUCGACAGACUCCUUACGGGGGUUAGCAAAGAGAAAGAUGAGAACGCCAGAACGCUCGAAGACGAUUUCAUGGGAUUAUGUCGAGAUAUUCUCCUACGAUUGCCAGCUGCUGGUGAACCUCCUACCUUGGAUGGGAAGACCCCUACGAAUAACGCCCAAGAUUCCAAUAAGAAGGAUAAAAAGGAUAAGGAGAAGGAGAAGGUCUCUGAGGACAAGGACAAGAAUUCUGCCAAGCCGGAGAAGAAAGGUAAUAACGCUGCCAAAACGUGUUAUCAUUGCCAAAAGGUUGGCCACAUUCAAACAGAUUGCUGGUCGAAAUUUCCCGAAAAACGCCCUACUAGCCGCGGCGGAGGUAAGGAUAAAGAUAAGGAUGGUACAGGCCCUGCGCCGGUUCAUAAUGUCGUUGAGCAAGUAUUCCAUACGACAGAGAAGGCUUAUUCUACUGGCCAAACUGGCAAAGAUACCUGGGUUCUGGACUCCGGAUCAGGAGCUCACGCUAUGCCUUGCAAAGAUCUCAUAUCGAUAGUGCCGCAGAAGGUUAAUGUCAUAUUGGAGAUGGCCGACGGAUCGACGGCUCCUGCAACGGCUAUAGGGAAGGUGGAUAUACCAGUAGAAGGAGCGAAUCUGCCGCUGCAGGACGUCCGCUACGUCCCCAAAUUGGAGGUUAAUCUUAUGAGUUUUGGAAAGCUCAUGUUCAGUUUCACUGCCAAUUUGAGUGAUAAGGACAUCUACGUUCUUGAAAAACCACCAACGGUUAGGGAUCUGAUUCGAUUCGCGAUGCCUAAUGGCGAAUUUGAACCUGCGAAUAUCCUACGGCCCGCAGAGGGAAAAGAGGAUCCCCUGCUGGCAUUGCCCAAGAAGGACGUCAAAAUUAUUGAACACACAAUGUUGCAAUGGCACCAAAAGCUUGGCCAUCUCAACCCCGCGGAUAUCGCUAAAUUAGCGGCAGAUCCACGCCUAGGAAUGAGGAUCAAGGGUGGCAGAGCUUUGCCAUUCUGCAAGACCUGUGUACAGGCAAAAAUGGCACGUCCAACAUUCGCACCGAUGACGAGGACUGUCAAACCCGCGAUGAGAUUCUUCGUGGACCUUGCGGGUGGCGGCCGUACGCUAUAUGAUGAAGCCAACCUCCCUACUCAGGGGGGAGCUAAUUAUUGGAUGGGCAUUACGGAUGACGCCACACGCUACAGGUGGAUUAUCCUUAUGAUGUCAAAGGGAAAGGGAAAGAUCUGCUCAAAUCUGCAGGUUGACAAUAAGGGUGCCAUCGAUCUUGCGAAGGGGGAGUCCCUAACCAGACGAUCAAGGCAUAUAGAGAUCCGCUACCAUAUCCUUCGAGAACUUGUUGAAAAGGAUGAGAUAGAGCUCCUCCACGUUGGUUCUACUGCCAAUAAAGCAGACGGAUUUACGAAGCCUUUGGCGAAGCCCGCAUUCGUUGAUUUCGUUGAGAAGUUAGGAUUGGCGGAGAUUAAUUGA